AUGGAGUUCGAGGAGGUGCUCCCAGGCACGCGCCGCCUCUUUGAUGCCGAAGGUCGUCCACUCUCUGUCGAGUCUGGCUUGAAAACACAUGGCGACAUCAUUCUAAUACCCCAGCCGACCGAGUCGCCGAACGAUCCUCUGACUUGGUCGCUGCCUCACAAGUUAUGGCACAGUUCCUUGGUCUGCUUUGUGACUGCUUUGACUGCGGCCACAUCGAACGAUGCAGGCGCAGCACAGUAUAACGAGAACCUUGAGCUUGGAAUUAGCUAUCCCUCGUUCAACACCGGAGCCGGAAUUUUGUUUAUCGGCAUUGGCUACUGGACUUUGCUUUCGUCUCCUGCCGUCUACCUGUAUGGACGUCGGAUUCUCUACCUCAUCGGGAUGUUGUGGGGAGUCAUUGGAGGUAUCUGGUUUGCACGAGGUCAAAACACUAGUGACGCUCUCUGGAAUCAACUCUUCGUUGGGGCAUCCGAGUCUGUGGCCGAAGCGACUGUCCAAUUGUCGUUGAUGGAUCUUUGGUUCCAACACCAACGUGGCUCAAUUCUCGGUGUCUAUGUGCUGGCCACAAGUGUCGGAACGUACUUGGGACCCUUGAUCGCUAGCUACAUCGCUGAUAGUAGCAUCGGGUGGAGGUGGAUUGGCUGGUUCGGGGCCAUCUUCUCCGGAGCAACCUUCCUGGUCUUUCUUUUUGGCCUGGAAGAGACUACUUUCCGACGCGAGCGUUACUUGACCAACGGCGGCGACAGGUAUCUUGUCGACGGUGUCAACCAGGUGGAUAACGAGAGAUCCGCAAGCUUGCCAGCGGAAGUGGCGGUCGAUGAGAAAAUAUCGUCUUCUGCUGAGCAGGCGCAUACCUCGUCCAGCCUUGAACACCAGCGUGGCACUGCCAAGGACGAGAAACCCAAGUCAUAUUGGCAACGCAUUGCCAUCAUCACUCCCGCGCCGAAUCUUCGCGGAACAGGCUUCAAGCAGUAUUUCCAGCGUCUUUUCCAUACACUUCGAGUUUUCACUUUCCCCGCCGUCAUCUAUUCCGGGUUGCAGUGGGGGGCGCAGGAUGCCUGGCUUACGUUCUAUCUGACCGUCGAAGAAGACAACUGGUAUGGGCCACCGUGGAACUAUACCGAUGCACAAGACGGUAACAUGAAUAUCCCUACACUUAUUGGAGCAGUGAUUGGUUGUUUCUAUGGUGGAUGGCUGAGCGACAAGUUCCUGCUCUGGAUGACCCGACGAAACGGCGGUGUGAUGGAGGCCGAACAACGUCUGUGGCUCAUGCUGCCUUGUGCCUGCAUCUUUCCUACAGGGCUGUGGAUCUUCGGGAUUGGGAGCGCUCACGGAUGGUCGUGGCCUGCCCCUUAUGUUGGUCUGGGCUUCAUAGGGUUCGGCUGGGGCUGCGCCGGCGAUCUGAGCAUGGCAUACCUUAUGGACGCCUAUCCCGAUAUGGUCCUGGAGGGCAUGGUGGGGGUUGCUACAAUCAACAACACCAUCGGAUGUAUAUUCUCCUUUGUGACAUCCGAUUGGAUUGGUGCUAGCGGCGUUCAGAAUACUUUCAUCGCCAUCGGGGUUUUGUCGUUUGUCUUCAUCAUGACGACCGUGCCGAUGAUCAUCUGGGGCAAGAAAGCUCGCCGCUGGACGAGGAGCCGAUACCAAAGCUUUCUGGAGAUUCGUGAUGGGUUUGGGAACUGA